AUGGACUCAAAGGUUUUAGUAUUUUCAAUUUUUAUCAUUAUCGCUUUAAUAUCAACAGCCAGUGGACAGACAACAUUCGAUGCAACAGCUUUGGACACUCAAUUGGCUAAAAUUACAACAAAUUUAAUUGCUGAGCAGUCAAAAAUCAUUCAAAUGUUGACAAAUCAGACUUCAAUCAUUCAAUCAGCAAUUGCAGCAAUUACAAAUGUUCCAGAUGUAGUCACAGCAUUAAAUACAAUCAUGACAAUAAUGACGAAGCAGACAACAGCCAACAACUAUGCAAAAUAUCAAGCAAUAACAACUUGUAGUGAUGUGAAUGUGAAAAUUACGGCAAUUAACUUUGAUGUCCAGAAAUUCUUGAUGCUUGCCAAUAAAGCUUAUAUCAAUGCAACUGCAAUUUAUCAACAGAAUGUUUGGAUAUCCUAUUAUUAUUCAAUCAACUUAGUUGCACUUGGAAUUGGCAGUUCCAAUCAACAAAAUGUCUACAAAAUUAUUCAACAACUUAACAACAUUGUUGUUGAAUAUUUGACUUAUACAAAUCAGUUGUUGGUUGCUGCAUCAACUGAAUAUGGACUUGGAGUUCAGCUUAGCUUCUUUAAGCAAAAGUACUGUUCAUGUCCAUCAACAAUCUCAUCUGCUGUAGCUGGAAAUGUCUCAACUUUAGAUUCAAAUAUUAAUUUUCUUGAACAGCCAUUAAUCACUCGACAACAGAAGCUCAUCACAUUAUCAGGAACUGCUCUAAGUUAUGUCAAAUCAGCAAUUCCAGUCACACUUCAAUCAUCUCAAGUCCUUCAACAAACAAUCACGUUCCUUACAAAUCUAGCAACAAUUUCUGAUUAUAGUCAAUCACCAUGGACAAAUGCAACAGCAUGCAGUGCCUUAUUAUCACGUGUUGGAUAUGUCACUUAUAAAUAUUGGGUCUAUGUUCAGGCAUACGCAAGUGCUGGUCAAAAUUUCUCAUUCCUGACUUAUUAUCAAAAUAAUUUAAAUACAACUGUUUUGCUCUACAACUCAAGCUUUUCGGCUGACCAGUAUAAAGCUGUUGUCAAAGCUAUUGGCGUUAUGAUGGUCAUGGAAAAUUUAUAUUUGGAUUAUUUACAGAAGCUUGCAUUUACUUUGCUCAGAUUGAUGCAUGCUUUAUUAGACAUUCAGGCUUUAGGUGAUAACUUUUGCGCAUGCAAUAGUCAGGGAGGAACAACAAUUUCUACAACAACAACAGUGUCAUCUACAACCACAACAUCUCCGUCAACAACCUCAACAACUUCCACAACAACAGAAGCAUCAACAACCACAACAACAGAAGCACCAACAACCACAACAACUUCGACAACAUUGGCUCCAGCUACAACAACAACAACCGAAACACCAACAACCACAACAUCCACAACAACAGAAGCACCAACGACCACAACAACUUCAACAACAUUGGCUCCAACUACAACCACAACAACUGAAGCUCCAACAACAACAACAACCCAAGCCUCAACAACCACAACAUCAACAACAACUUUGGCUCCAACAACUUCAACAACUUCAACAACUUUAGCACCUACAACUACAACAACAACUCAAGCUCCAUUAAUGGCAACUCCACCAACAACAACAACCACGAAAGUCUCACCAAAAGCAGCAUGUCAAUACAUUGUUCCUGUCUCAACAGUACCUCAAAUGUCAAUAUGCUACAUAAGUACACCGAUGUCACAUCCAGAUGCAACAAGCUAUUGUACAAGUCUUGGUAUGUCUCUCUAUGCAAUCACCAGUGUCGAUGCUUACAAUGGACUCACAGCAUUUAUGUCAUCAAAAUUCCCAUCAGGUGCCUUCUCAAUGUUAGGCAACGGAGUCUCAAAUGGCAACAAAAAUGGAAAUUGGAGAAUUUUCUCAAAUCAGACGACAAUCAUGUACAGUGGAAUGUCUUGGGGUGCUGCAUUGAAAAAUGGCCAAGCAUGUGCAAUGAUAAUGAGAACUGCUGGCAUGGCUUAUAAUGCUGUUGCUAAUGACUGCUCAACGACAUCCUUGACUUUUGCAUGUGAAUUUUUUUGA